UCAAAAUUUAUUAUCGUCACGUUGUGCGCCAACAAUUAAAAAAUCUUGUUUUAACAGAAAAUGGGAAGUAACAAGCCAAUAUUCAGGGAUUUAAAUGCGGAUGAUCCUGACCACGAAGCUACCAUUGUAGAAUCACUGUGCAUGAAUUGUCAGGAAAAUGGCACUACCAGGCUUCUACUAACUAAAAUUCCGUUUUACAAGGAGGUCGUUUUAAUGUCGUUUUCUUGCGAAAAAUGUGGCUUUGAAAACAAUGAAAUUCAAUCUGGUGCUCCAGUAGCUGACAAAGGUGUGAAAAUCACGUUGAAUGUGCAAAAUCAAAAUGAUUUAAACAGACAGGUUGUAAAAAGUGAUUAUAGUAAUGUAAAAAUUGUCGAAUUGGAUUUUGAAAUACCAGCAAAAAGUCAGAAAGGAGAGAUAACAACAAUAGAAGGAAUCAUAGACAGAAGCAUAGCAGGACUUGAACAAGAUCAGGUUCUUAGACGAAUACAGCAUCCGGAGGUAGCACAGCAAAUAGAUGAUUUUAUACAAAAAUUAAAAGAUCUUAAAGGACAGCCAUUCACUCUUAUCAUAGAGGACAUUUCUGGUAACAGCUUUAUUCAAAAUCCAAAUGCACCUCAAAUUGAUCCAAUUUGUACCACACAAUAUUUUACUAGGACUAAAGAACAAAAUCAUGAUUUGGGAAUUUUUACUGAGGAGGAAGUUACUGGGGAAGAAGAUAAAUCUAAAUCUACUGUACUUCAUUUGACCAAAGAGGAAUUUACAUUGGAAAAUUGGCAAGAGGAAGUACUGCAAUUUCCAACUAAUUGUUCUAGUUGUGGGUCACCAUGUCACACAAAUAUGAAAUUAACAAACAUACCACAUUUUAAAGAAGUGGUAAUAAUGGCCACAACAUGCGACUACUGUGGACAUCGUACCAACGAAGUUAAAAGUGGAGGCGGGGUGGAACCUAAAGGUCUUGAAAUCCAAGUGGACGUUCGCAACAAGGAAGAUUUAACUAGAGAUGUGCUCAAAUCUGAAACUUGCUCCCUCCAAAUACCUCAGUUGGAACUAGAUGUGGGGCCACACGCGCUUGGAGGCCGAUUUAGUACGGUGGAGGGCAUCGUGACGGCAAUGAGGGACCAGUUGUGCGACUCGGGACAUUCACAUUUAUUCGGCGACUCCGCAGAUGAAGCGUCGAAAAAGAAGUUUAAAGAAUUUAUGGAGAAGUUUGAGGACAUUCUUAACUGUAGAUUGCCUGUAACUAUUGUGCUUAGAGAUCCUGCUGGAAACAGUUUUGUACAGAGUCUAAGAGAUGAUGGUGAAUCAGACGAAGGUCUACGGAUAAAUCACUUCGAACGGAGUUUUGAAGAAAAUGAGGAACUUGGUUUAAAUGAUAUAAAAACAGAUAAUUAUUAAACUAUGAUUUCUACAAAUUAUGUUAAUAAAAGCGCAAUAUUCCAUU